CAGCCGCAAUAUCACAACCACCAAUUGCGCCGUCGCUCACCAAUUCACGCCUACGAAUACCACGAUAACGACGCACACAUACAUUCAAGAUGUCUUUCUUCGGCAUGGGCGGCCGCCCCCAAAUCUCCAGCGAGCAGAAAAUCGCCCAAGCGGAAGCUGAAAUCGACAUGGUUAGCGACAUGUACAGUCGACUCCUCAAAUCCUGCAGCUCCAAAUGCAUCGACUCGACCUACCGCGAAGCCGACCUCAACAAGGGCGAGUCCGUCUGCCUCGACCGCUGCGUCGCCAAGUUCUUCGAGGUCAACGUAAAAGUGAGCGAGAAGAUGCAGGGCGAGGCGCAAGGCCGUGGAGGUGGCGGAGGAAUGUUCGGAGGAGCGUAAAAUACACACACACAUAUCCAAAUCAAACACACAACAAACUGAUCGAAAUCGUCA